AUGUCAGGGUGGAGCAAUGGAAGCCCCAACGUGUCCUACACCAGCUUCCUCCUGGUGGGCUUCCCAGGGCUGCAGGAGUCUCGUGCCCUCCUCAUGCUGCCCUUCCUCAGCCUCUACCUGGUGAUCAUCUCUGCCAAUGUCCUGGUCAUCCACACAGUGGCUGCCCAGCGGAGCCUGCACCAGCCCAUGUACGCACUCAUCCCCUUGCUCCUGGCUGUCAACAUCUGUGCCACCACCAUCGUGGUGCCUGCCAUGCUGUUCAGCUUCUCCGCCCACUUCAACCACAUCUCCCUGGCUCACUGCUUGUUCCAGAUGUUCUGCAUCUACUUCCUCAUUGUCUUUGACUGCAAUAUUCUCCUAGUCAUGGCUCUGGACCGCUAUGUUGCCAUCUGCUACCUGCUCUGCUAUCCAGAAAUCAUAACCACCCAGUUGUUGACUGGCCUUGUGGGGACAGCAGCUGCCAGGAGCACAUGCAUCGUUGCUCCAGUGGUGGGACUGGCCUCCCGGCUUCGAUUCUGCUGCUCAGACGUGAUCCACCUCUUUGCUUGUGAGCACAUGGCCCUGAUGAAGCUCUCCUGCAGGGAUGUAUUGCUGAACAAGACUGUGGGGUUCACUGUUCACAUCUUCAACAGAGUCCUGGACAUGCUCCUCCUUGGUGCCUCUUACUCUCGCAUCAUCCUUGCUGCCUUCCAGAUUUCAGGCAGAGCACGUUCCAAGGCCCUUAAUACCUGUGGCUCCCACCUGCUGGUCAUCUUCACUGUCUACUCCUCCACCGUGUCCUCAUCUAUUGUCUACCGUGUGGCCCGCACUGCCUCCCAGGAUGUGCACAACCUGUUCAGUGCCUUCUACCUGCUGCUCCCGCGUCUAGUCAACCCCAUCAUCUAUGGGGCCAGAACCAAGGAAAUCAGGCAGCACCUGGGAACUCUGUUCCAAAGAGCACAACUACAGGCCCCCACUGAGAAGUCCCAGCCCCUUACCCUCACGUGA